GUCAUUUGAGCUGGUUUCUUGCAGUCGGACAGACAUUUCAGUCUUGGUAGACAAGAUUCAUUGAGCUCUGAACUUUUACGCUGGGUUGACAUGGGUGCUCCAUUGCUGUUGGUUGCCAUCCUGCUCUGUGGACAUGCCCUCACUUGCCAAUGCACCAAUGACGUGUUCCAGAUGGAGAAAUCGUCCUGUACAUGGAAAUGCAUGACGUUUGCCCUAGUGUGGCCUGGAGCCUUCUGUGCGGGCCUGAAGAAGCCACUGGAAUGCAUUAUACCAGACGCCAUCCAGAGUUGGACCAUCCACGGCCUAUGGCCCAUGCAUGAAACAGGCUGCUGUGGCUGCUGGCCAAUUUUCCGAUCAGACCUUGAGGGGCUGGAGCCCCAGCUCUCGCGCCUGUGGCCAACCCUGGUGAAGAGCAGGUCAAACAUGACUUUCUGGAAGGAUGAAUGGAACAAGCACGGAACGUGUGCAGCCUGUGUGGAGGGUCUGAACUCUCCCACCCAAUACUUUCAGGCCACACUCAAACUACGAGGCCACUUUGAUGUCGACCGAGCUUUCAUGGAUGCAAGUAUCAAGCCUACCUGUAAUCAAACUUACAAGGUGGCGGACCUCCAUGCCGCGCUGGCCCCCAUCGCAGGGGACAGGUUUGAGAUUCAGUGUCAGAAGGACAAGAAUGGUCGAGAGCUACUGGUCCAGCUGAAGAUCACCAUGUACAAGAACUACACCCUGGGGUGUGACCACAAGCAACCAGGGCCGCCAGCUCAUGUCCAAACGUCCUGGAAAGACAGUCCCGGACACCCCUGUCCCCAGAACAGUCCUGUGUACUAUUUGCCCAUCAGUCACGAGCACCCCCAAAACCCCUGUGACUGAGGCCACGCCCAACGCAGGCCCUGCAUAGAUCGAGCUCUGCCAAUCCACGUGUGUGUGAAGGGUUCGUCUUCAGCAAAGGUCCCAGUGGAUGAGUAUGGUGUCAAGAUUCUCAAGACUGUAAACCAAUUUGAGGACAAUUCAAUGUCCAUAAACACAAUUUUGAGUGCAACAAAUUUAUUCGCACCAUAAAUACCUAGCCUACAAUCAUGCGAGUGAAAAAUGUGUGUUCACACAAUAAAAUAGCCUUGAAUCUCUUA